CUAUCUCAUCUCUCACCAGCCCAGCGCUGGCCAAGACCUGGAAAUGAAAGUGAAGGGAAGAAAAAAAAGGAGACACAUGGGAGGAAGUUGCAGCCGGGCAACAAGAAGCAUUUAAACUAGAGGAUUCCCUGCAAGCAUCCGGCAUACUGGAGGAGAAUUCUAUGUGCAGCGCGUUGUGUCCGGCCAGAGAAUAGUAACAGCCCGGCUUCCUGAUCUUCCCUUUGCUAUCUAUGAAUUCAUUCCCGUAUAUACCCCAGCUGUUCCCUGUGCCUCCUGCUGCACUUUUUGUGCCAGAAACUCCCUGUAUUGUACUUUUCCUCUUGUGGCUAGGAGGUUCUUAUGGCAAGGCAGAAGCGCAAGGAAGACAUUGAGAAAGGCCUGCAGUUUAUCCAGUCUACGAUACCUUUUCAUGGAAGUCAAGCUGAUUAUGAGCAUUUCCUACAGCAGUUGGUCAGGAACCUGUUUGCUGAGGGCAAUGAACUAUAUCGUGAUGGGGACCCCAAGUUGGCUCUGGGACAGUAUACAGAAGGCCUGACAGUGGCUGAGUAUGCCAUGUCUGAAGAGCUAACCAUCCCAGAAGAGCUGCUUUCCAAGCUGUGUGUGAACCGUUCCUGUUGCUAUUUUACUAUGGGUCUGUAUGAAAAGUCGCUGGAAGACAGUGAGAGUGCACUGAGCCAUGACAAGGAGAACAUGAGAGCCUUGUACCGCAAAGCCAAAGCCCUGGACCAACUGGGACGCCAUCAGGAAGCUUAUGGGUGCAUUAGUGACAAACUGUUAGCCCUGGUGCAGGAUGAGAGUGUAACAGGGCUGGCACAGGAACUUGUGCAGAAAUUAGGCUUAAAGCAACGCAAAGCAUAUAAAAGGCCACAGCAAGAGCUAGAGUCAAUUGGUUUCCUUAGCAAUGGUACAUCUACCUCCACUAGUAGCCAGGCAUCCUCUAAUAGCCUGGGAUCAUUAGAUGAUAUUGAUAUAGGUAGCGACCUUCACAUUGAAGGGCUGAAGGCGGCUGUUUCUCCAGCCUCCACUGGAUUUCCGUCAGCAGCCGGUUCCUUGAAUGACUUUGCAGACUGUGACAUCAUUGGGGAUGAGCUGGACUCUUUCCUGGAUGCAGGAAUAACAUCCAUUCCACCAAGCCAAGUGCCCCAUUUAAUACCAAUGUACCCCACUGGCUCACCUAUGCUUUCCUCUCUUGGCAAUAACGUACUCCCAUCCCCAUUACCUCCAGCCUCCUUUGGUCUAUUGGAUUCACAGAAGCUGACCAGGCACUGUGAAAAGCCAGGCUAUAACAUGAAUCUUAUCAGGAGGGCAGAGCCCCGUCUGGACACACUGGACAGCUUUGAGAGCAUUAGGGAGCCAAUGGACUGUCUGGACACCUUCACGAACGAGCCCAAACAUUUGCUAUUCCCUUCAACAAAAACAAGCCAGAAGCACAAGCCUGGUGUGAACAACAUAAACCACGUAAAGGCGGAUACUGCUCUGCUUCACACUAGAGGACUGCUAUCAACUCUACCAGCCAACCCUCUGGCACAGACCUAUGAGUUUAAACAGGCGUGUCCCCAGUGCUACGUCAAGACAGGUCUCAAAGCUCUGGACUAUGCUCACAGGGAGAAGCUGGAGCACAAGUGUAAAAGGAACAUAUUGAUGGCCAGACGGAAGAGCUCUGAAAAUAAGACCUGGCUCAGGAUUCGCCCACGACCACCGAACGUUACUGGUCCCUAUGUUCUGUGCAAAGAUAUUCAGACACGUCAGGACUGUAAAUACAGAGAGGACUGCACUUUUGCAUAUUAUGAGGAAGAGAUAGAUGUGUGGAAUGAAGAGAGGAAGUUUACUUUGCGCCGUGAUCAGCUUUUUCUGCUUCCAUCAGGGGUGAUGGCUGGCACUUUGGCUUGGCUGCUGCAGGAGCAUAAAGGAAUAUUUAUCUUUUUAUGCCAGGCCUGCUUUGACAGUAAGCCUCGGGUCAUUUGCAAGAAAAGUCAAGAGAGUCAAACUGUUUGCACUAAACAGCACUCUUUUCUUGAUAACAAGUGUCUGGUCCAUGUGUACAACUCUGGCACUAUUAAAUAUUCCAAAAUCCGUCCACUUCAGUCACAUUUUCAUAUGGAUUUGUGCCGCCAUGAGAUGCAGUAUGGCUGCAUACAGGAAGACACCUGCAGCUUUGCACACAGUCCCGUGGAGCUGAGUGUAUGGAUUCUGCAAAGGCAGUCUGGAACCACACAGGAGGAAAUUGUGCAGGAGUCUGAGCAGGCUUGGAAAGUGCCUGAACCUAAAGGAAAAAUCCUUCCAAAAUGCCUGGACAUGAAGAUGAAGUUUGUCUGCAGCCAGUGUCUGAGCACUGGACAGCACAUAGAGUCAGAUCGGGAUGGAAAAUACUGCGCCGCUAAAGCUAGGCACAGUUGGACCAAAGAGAAGCGAGUUCUGCUAGUGAUGUGCAAGGCAAAAAAGAAGUGGGCUUCUGUGAGACCUUUGCCAUGCAUCCCCCAGUUCCCACAGCACUAUGAGAUCUGCAUCCAUGUACAGAAUGGGAAGAAGUGCCAGUAUUCUGGGAACUGCACCUUUGCCCACAGCACAGAAGAAAAAGAUCUAUGGACAUUUAUGAAGGAUAACAAAGUGCUUGACCUUCAGCUUGUUUAUGACAUGUGUCAAAAGAACAACUGCACAUCCGAGAAGGCUGAGAAGGGAGCAUCAGGCCCACAGAAGGAGACGGAGAAACAGAUUCUGAUGCCCACAGAUUAUGCUGAUUUGAUGGCUGGUUUCCACUGUUACUUGUGUGGGAAAAACAGCAACAGUGAGCGCCAGUGGCAGAAGCACAUCCAGUCGGAGAAACACAAAGAUAGAGUGUUUACCACCGAGAGUGAGGACACCACCUGGAAGUUUCGCUUCCCAGCCGGCGAGUUUAAACUCUGUGAUAGGUUUGGCGAGACCAAGAGCUGCCCCCAUGAAAGCAACUGUCAAUUUGCACAUGGUCAGGAAGAACUUGACGAGUGGCUGAAGAGAAGGGAUGUACUCCUGCAGAAGGUUUCGAAAGCUCGCAAAGACAUGCUCUUGGAGCCCACCGACUCAGACUUUGGCAAAUACACCUUUCUGUUAAAAGAUGUGGCAUGAGCUAUGCAGGGACAGAAAAUGAAUACACCUUGGGGUUAGUCUGAAAGAUACAAAAAUGUCUGUAUGUUCCAUCAAACUUGAUACCCCUGUAGGGCCAGCUCGAACCAGAUUCACAGUAUGUCCCUUAUUCCAGCUAUCCGUUUCAUAGUCUACAAGUUUUAUGUCAGAGCAGGUGUCAUUUUUCACUUCUUUUAAAAGUAAUUAUUUAAAUCAAGCCCGCACCCUUAGCUUAAAAAAAUUAGUUUUCAUAGUCACGUGUGCUGCAGACAUCUUCAAACAGCUUUCCAAGUCUCACUUCCAAAGACUUCUGGGGGAAAAUGGCAAAUCAGUAGCUUGUUAGACUAUAAUCUAGAGUUAACUAAUCACAGUAUUUUGUUUUAAAAAAAACAAAACUGUAUUUUUAUGUUUUUGGAAAGUGCUUUUUGGACGCUUUUGUUGUCAAACUAAAUCUGAAUGAGUAAUAAUUAGUCUGUACGUAGCACCCAUAGAUUUAUAGAUAUUUAAUUCUUUGGGUACUGAAAUCGACACAGAAUUACACUGAAAACCACUGCUUAACCGUGAAUCUGAAUGAAUUGUUGAAUGGGGUGGGAGGACAGACUGACGGCUCAUUGUACAGAGAUUGUAACUGUAAAAGUUAUCCAUUGGUGCCAAGGUGUUCAGUUUUACCUUUCAAUGUUAUCAUGCAUUCAUUUCCCAUUUCAGAUUGCCGCCUUCUAUGCAGAGAAUGACGCUUUCUGGAUGUUGUGUGUUUUCUAUGAAGAUUUAAUUGCAGUAUUAUAUAUAGUGUGGACAAGUUUAUGAUUGCGGGUUUUGGUUUCAAAGCAAGAAGAGAUCAAUGUGAUCUAUAAUAAGUUAUUGUUGAGAAAAAGCACAUAUUGGCUAAAAACAACUGUUAACCCAGCCCAUUCAUUAUCUAAAGAACUAGUAACACAAAAAUGAAAAUCUUUUUUUUCGAUAAACGAAGCAGUUAUUAUCCCUGCUGUACAUAUAGUCAUGUUUCCACUGGAGCAGGUUUGUAUUAUUCUGUUUGCUCACAGACGUCUUAACUGUUGCCAAACACCCAGACUGUUGGAUUCAAUGGAACAUUAGGUAACAAAAAUGUAUAAUGUGGAGAGAGUGUUAUGGGGGGAAAAGUAUUUUAAAGUACAAAUAUAAUGCUGUUUAGAAAUACAGCUGCAUGGUUUGCAAGUGCAGCCAAGCCGAAUGGUAAAUGUAAUUGCAUAUAUGGCAUUUUCAUUUUCUGGUGUUACUGUCCCUUUAACAUAUACAAACAUGACAUUUGUUGGAUUGGGCAUUUCGCUCUGCUAGACUGUCAUUUGUAUUGUAUGGAAAAUAAGUAAAAGCAUAUUGUUCAUGGCAAGCACAGGAUUACUGAAUAUACCAACAAAGAUACAA